AUGUCGGACGACGAAGAGACUGUGGCUGCCGGAGUUAUGGCUGUUUCCAUGUUAGGGUCGCUGGCUGCAUACGACUGUCAGACACAGACCUGGGAGGAGUAUUGUAAAGUGUUGGAACACUUUUUUGAAGCAAACCAGAUAACGGACGCUGGCCGGAAGCGAGCCAUAUUGUUGAGCUCUGUGGGCAGCAAGACGUACAGUCUGAUGAGGAACUUAUUGAGUCCUGAUAAGCCGGGGGAUAAAUCGUUCACGGAGUUGACGAGCUUGCUUCAGUCACAUUAUAACCCAAAGCCGAGUGAAAUAGUCCAAAGGUUCAAGUUUAAUUCAAGGACAAGAGGGGCUAAUGAAACGGUAACGGAGUAUGUUGCAGUGCUGAGAGAGCUGGCGCAACACUGUAACUAUGGUGACAGACUGACAGAAAUGCUACGUGAUAGGCUUGUAUGUGGCAUUGCAGAUGACCGCAUACAACGAAGAUUGUUAGCGGAGCCUGAGUUGUCAUUUGAAAAGGCCUUAAAGCUGGCACAGGCCAUCGAGACAGCGAAUAAAGACAUUCGUGAUUUACAACCAAGAAUAAUCGAGGGGGUUGGGAGCAGGAGUGCUACCCCUCUGCCAGUGCAUAAAGUGGUGAUGGAGCAUAAACAACAAGGGAAGUCUGGUCAGUUUUCCUGUUACAGGUGUGGCGGUGAACAUCUGUCACGGAACUGUCGUUUCUUAAAUGAAAAAUGUCAUGCUUGUGGGAAAAAGGGCCAUGUGAAGAAAAUGUGCAGGUCGACGCCCUCUAGGGACCAGCAGAGGAAGGGGGAGGAAAAGAGCAGCAUAAAGGACAGAAAGGGAAACCGGAAAACAAAACAACAGUAUGCACACCACAUGCGUGAAGCUACAGACCAACAAACCAGUGAAGAAGAGGAAGUGUUUACUAUGCUUAACAUGAAAGAGUCAAGGAUGGAAAGAGUCGAUCCCAUUACAGCACAGUUGGACUUAAAUGGUAAAAUGGUCCAUUUUGAAGUGGAUACUGGAUGUGAAAAAGUCCCCACCCUAGGGAUGGCAAAAGUAACUGUAACACACAAAGACAAAGUCAAACAGUUGCCAGUCAUGGUGGUGGCAGGUAGCGGACCAAACCUGUUAGGCCGGGCGUGGCUAAAGGAGCUGGAAAUGGGCUGUCUACAGCUCCAUAAAAUAGAACAGCAUCUGCUGACCUUGCAAGAUGUGCUGGAGAACAAUGAAGAAGUGUUCAAAGAGGAACUGGGUACCUGGAGGGGUCCACCAGCCAAGAUACACGUCAAAGAAAACGCAACGCCAAGAUUUUACAAACCAAGACCCAUACCAUACGCAAUGAAGAAGAAAGUGGAGACUGAGCUGGAGCGACUCACAAAGCAAGGUAUAAUUGAACCAGUAAAGUUUUCGGAGUGGGCGGCACCCAUUGUCCCAGUAUUAAAGCCAGAUGAUACUGUACGCAUAUGUGGUGACUACAAGCUAACCGUUAACCAAGUCUCAAAGCUGGAGCAGUAUCCAAUACCAAAGUUGGAGGAUUUAUUUGAAAAGCUGUCUGGAGGUGAAAAGUUUAGCAAAUUGGACCUCAGUCAUGCAUAUCAACAAGUCGUUCUGGAUGAAGGGUCAAAGUCAUAUGUCACCCUUAACACACACAGAGGUUUGUUCCAAGUUAAUCGUUUACCCUUUGGUGUUUCCUCUAGUCCAGCUAUUUUCCAGAGAAUAAUGGAGGGACUGGUGGCAGGAAUCCCAAAUGUGGCUGUCUAUUUGGACGACAUCCUGCUGAUGGGUAGGAACAACCGCGAGCAUCUGGAGACUUUGAACGAGGUGCUGAGGCGACUGCGAGAGGCUGGUCUGCGGGUGAAGCGGAGUAAAUGUGCUUUCAUGGAAAAGGAAGCAGAGUUCCUGGGUUACAAGGUGGAUGCAUCGGGCCUACACCCCCUGCCAAACAAGGUAAAAGCCAUACAACAGGCACCUGCACCCACAAAUGUUACAGAACUGAAGGCCUACUUAGGCUUACUCAACUACUAUAACAGGUUCCUACCAAACCUGUCAACGCUGUUAGCUCCUUUACAUAAACUAUUAAGGAAGGAGACCCUGUGGACGUGGCAGGAGGAACAGGACAGAGCGUUUGAGCAGUCCAAGGAGCUAAUGCAGUCCUCAGAGGUGUUGGUGCACUACGAUAGUCACAAGGACUUAAUUCUGUCAUGUGAUGCAUCACCUUAUGGGCUAGGGGCCGUGUUGGCACACCGCAUGCCAGAUGGACAAGAAAGACCCAUCGGGUUCAUGUCACGAACCUUAACCCCAGCAGAGUCAAACUAUUCCCAGCUAGACAAAGAGGGUUUGGCUGUAAUUUUUGGAAUUAAGCACUUCCAUAAAUACCUCUAUGGCAGGAAGUUUAUUGUUUGCACCGAUCAUAAGCCAUUGUUGUCGCUGUUCAACGAGAUGAAAGCAGUGCCUCAGAUGGUUUCUCCCCGCAUUCAGAGAUGGGCUGUAACAUUGAGAGCUUAUGAAUAUGAGAUUGUUUAUAAGCCCGGGAAACACCAUAGCAAUGCGGAGCUGAGCCGCCUACCUCUACCUGGGCAUCUCAAGGAGGAGGAAACGGAGGACCGAGUUCUGAUGAUGGAGGACAUCACGUUGGUGUCAGCGAGGGAACUGAGCUGAUGGACACGCAAAGACCCUGUGCUGUCCAGAGUGUUUCAGUUGGUCCAGCAAGGCUGGACAACACAACAAACUGAUCCAGUUUUUCAGCCCUAUGUGGUGAGAAAAACAGAGCUGAGUGUGCAAGAUGGAUGUGUGUUGUGGGGGGCACGAGUGAUAAUCCCUCCCCCAGGAAGAAGUGCACUUUUACAACAGCUGCACCAGGGUCAUGUGGGCAUCACCAGAAUGAAGGCCUUAGCACGAAGUUAUUUCUGGUGGCCCAAGUUGGACCACGACAUUGAAGUCGCUGUGAAAGAGUGUAACACCUGUCAACAACAUCGCAACUCACCUGUGGCUGCACCACUACACCCAUGGGAGUGGCCGAGUAAACCAUGGCAGAGACUUCAUAUAGACUAUGCAGGUCCUUUUAUGGGGUCAAUGUUUUUGAUAAUAAUGGAUGCUCAUUCUAAAUGGAUGGAUGCAUACCCAGUCAAAACAGCCACUUCCACCACUACCAUCGAAUGUCUGAGGAAAAGUUUCAGUAGCCAAGGACUACCAGAGACUAUUGUAUCAGGUAAUGCUUCAUGUUUCAUGAGUGUGGAGUUCAAGGAUUUUCUGGAAAAAAAUGGCAUCGUACAUGUCACGUCGGCACCAUACCAUGCUGCUUCAAAUGGCUGUGCUGAAAGGGCUGUCCAGACCUUCAAAUCAAUGAUGAAAAAGGCCGGAGAAGGAAGUAUGGCAGCAAAAGUGUCACGGGUGUUGUUCAACUACCGCAUUACACCCCAGUCUACGACAGGAUUGUCACCUGCAGAGAUGUUGCAAGGACGGAGACUGAGGUCAACAUUGGAUCUGGUGCAUCCAAACCUCAGAGCUAAGGUGGAGAGGAAACAGUGGGGGCAAAAAGAACAUCAUGACCGACGACGGCGAGAGAGAAGUUUCCACGUGGGAGAUGCAGUGAUGACUCGAAACUUCAGCUAUGGACCUAAAUGGAUUCCAGGAUUCAUUGCCAAGAGCACGGGUCCACUGUCGUACAAGGUGAUGUUGAAUGGAGGUUUCUUGGUGAGGAGACAUGUGGACCAGAUUCUGCGGAGCGAACAGAAGAAGGACUUCAUGGAACUGCAAGCCUCGGAAAUACCAUUAGUUUCUGGAGAAGUGCUCGCAGCUGCAGGAGGAUCCCCGAUCCUGGUGCCAGAGAAAGACAGCAUGGACUCGAAAGGAGAGGUUCCAGAGGGACCAACCUUUUCAGGGAUGGACACACCUGUACCAGAAGUGGUAAACGUGACACCUGAGUCACCUAGUGUGGUUCCAUUGCGACGUUCUAAACGUGCACUGGUUAAACCUAGUUACUUGAAGGACUAUAAGUGUUAA